AUGCCGCUCGGUAUUCUAGACGAUGACAAGCUGGAACAUAUUCCAGGAACCGCACCUCUCAAUGGUCUUCAAAACACUCAUGAUUAUUCAGGGGUUGAUCCUGGCCUCUUGAAACAUGAUCCUACCGGACAGAUUGUCCUGGUCCCCCAGCCAUCCGACUCGCCAAACGAUCCAUACAACUGGCCUCGAAUGAAGAAGGAGCUUUUCACCCUUACCUUUGCAUGGGGCUGUGGAUGCGUUGGAGCUGUCGGUCCGCUACUCGGAGGAGCAUUCGUUCCCCUCGCAAAGGAGUUCGGCGUCUCCUUGUCGACAUUUGUCUCUGCCGUUCAGGGAGGCACCAUCGCCGCGAUCGCGGUAGGAAGUUUGAUAUUCAAUUCUCUGGCAGUGAAAUACGGGAAGCGCCCGGUCUAUCUUGGGACAACUGUUGGUCUGAUGGUGUCGUGUUUUUGGGCGGCCGAGGCUGGGAGUUUCCAUUCUUUCGUUGCUGCUCGUGUCGUGUGUGGACUUUGCAUGGCGCCUAUGGAAGCGUUGGUUCCGGCGUCUAUUUCUGAUAUCUGGUUCGUACACGAACGUGGGUUCCGGACGGCUAUCUUUAACCUUGGUGUUCUUGGUGGAAUCAAUCUUGCUGUACCAAUUGCUGCCGCAAUUAUCGAGUACAGCUCCUACCGAAUCGCCUUACAUGCAAUGGGUGGGGCCUUUGCUCUCGCACUCAUCCUGAUCUUCUUCUGGAUGCCCGAAUCAGCGUACUCACGAGAGGCGUUGAAUAUCGACACUGGCGACACAAAUGUCGUUGUUGAAGGGAAGGGAACAAUGGAACAACUCGAAAACACCCCGAGCGCUGGAAUCCAGCCAUCCGAGCCUCGAAUCUCCUACAAACAGGAACUGCUUCCAUACAGCGGCUAUGUCAACCAUGUCUCGUUCUGGAAUACCAUUAUCCGGCCAUUCUAUCUGGUAGCAUCACCGCCAGUUCUUUGGGCCAUCCUGCUUUUCACCACAUGCAUCUCGUGGCUAGUGGGCAUAUCCCUCACUCUGUCCCAGAUUUUCUCGGCACCACCGUACAACUUUUCUGUUGUCGGAGUUGGUGCAACAAAUCUGUCUGCUUUUGUUGCAUCGGUGCUUGGAACUCUCGCCGCUGGCCCCCUGAUUGAUGGACUGGUAACUCGAAUGUCGAAGAUGAACCGGGGUAUAUUCGAGCCCGAGUUCCGUCUCCCUAUCAUGGUAACCUAUCUUCUGUUCACUUCGACCGGCUUCUUUGCUUGGGGUCAAUCCUCGUAUGCGCAGGACCCGUGGCCCGUUCCCGUUGUUGUAUGCCUAGGCUUGAUCAACUUCGGCGUCCAGCUGGGUACUACGGGUGUCGUCACCUACGUUGUUGACUGCCAUCGUGAAAAGGCGGGUGAAGCCUUUGCUGCAAUGAACUUCAUCAAGAACCUAUUCGCAUUCGGGUUGUCGUUCUACAUCAACGAUUGGAUCGAUCAGCAAGGUGUUCGCGACUGCUUCUUCACUAUUGGUGGGAUCACGAUGGGUGUUACCCUCUUUACUAUUCCCAUGUAA